AUGGCUGAUCAACCACAAGGUGCUGUUGAUGGAAAUUCUGGAGUAUCUCAACUUAAGGGCAAACGUGCCAUGUUAGAUUCAUCAUCACCUCCGUGUGGGGCUUGUAAGUACCAAAAGAAAAAGUGUCGCAAUGAUUGCAUCUUUGCACCUUACUUUGGUUCUAACCAGGGUUAUGCACAAUUUGAAAAAGUGCAUAAGGUAUUUGGUACAAGCAAUGUGUCAAAGAUGUUGUUGGAUGUGGAAGUGAAUCAUCGCCAUGAUGUGAUCGGUAGCAUAUUGUUUGAGGCUCAAGCAAGGUUAGAUGAUCCUAUUUAUGGUUGUGUCUCCACCGUCAUAGCUUUACAACAACAGGUGGAAGCAUUACAAGGGGAGCUUGCAAUGGUGAAAAAUCAAUUGAAAAAUACUAGUAUUUUAUAUGAAGGUCUUCAACGUAAUACAUAUCAACAACAACAACUACAACCAAACAUCAAUGUUGCUAUGCAGCCACAAUACUCCAACAACUCAUCUGUUUCCACCAACUUCAUGAACAUGAGUAGCUUCAACUCUAGUUUUGAUCAACUUGCAAUGCAAACAACGCCCUUGACAAACAACUUAAAACCUCUUCAAUUUCCUGAGCUACCUGAGAAUGAGCAAGCUAGCAUGAUUCCCCAAGUUUUCAAUAGUGAUAUGGCAAAUCUUUUUCCUUGA